AUGGACGAUGGAGGAUUCCGCCCGCGUAUGGAAUGGACGCGAAGAUUGAGGACGAACUGGACAACAGCUGGACGCCGUUAUGGGAACGCGCCAUCCCAUCUUCCACGCGUGCGUAACGAACCUAAGUCUACCACGCUCAGCACAAUAAGAAGAUCGAACAACAAGGACGCCAGAAGACACUCGGACGAACAGUGGCAGAAUGCAGGAAUGGUAGCCAUGAGUGUCAUCCCCGGCGGGCUCGACCACGGGGACCCUAGUGGUUACGCGCGCGCAUCUGUCGAGUCGUGGGCCGAAGCUGGACGAGCUGUAUCAGAGCCGUAUGGGGACGCAACAGCUUCGUUGAGCUGCUAUGGGAGCGCUGUGACACCGUUCUUUCACCAUCUAGAAGCCUGA